CUCCUCCGUGGAUAGGGCGUCUGUGCUGGGCACAGGACACCGGCAGGGUGGGGGGCACGGCCGGGGCGGCGGUCCCCGAGAGCAAAGGAGUUAACAGGACCUUCUGCCUCUUCCCGCCUGCACCUCCUCCACCCGCCUCAUUACCUGCCCUUUAUCACCGCCGGGGCCGCGGCAAGGAGCGAGAGAGGCGGAGGGCCGCCAGGCCUUUCUGCGCCCGGGGCUGCCCGCCCGCCCGCCCGGCGGGGCCGCGGAGUGCGGGGGAAGGUGUGCCAGCCUCCUGCCUGCGAGCCUCCUGCCUGCGAGCCUCCUGCCCGCCUGUGGGUGGGAGCGGGGCUGGGGCAACGCGAGGGGAAGGCGGGCAGGCAGAGCGGGCGGGCGAACGAGAGAGUGAGUGAGUGGCUCUGCGCGCCGCAGCCCGGCAGGGAUGCGGCAUGGCCGUGGGCUCCGUGAAGAUGCCGUCGCCGUGUGAAGGCGCGGAGCUGGCCCGCAGCUGGAACCCCGGCGGCGGAACCCAUGAGCCGCCGCCGGUGCAGCUGCGGCAGAAGCUGCGGGAGCUGCCAGCGCUGCUGCGGAGCGGGCUGACGCUGCGGAGGAAGAGCGCUGCCGCCGCCGGCCGGACCCUGUCCAGAAGAAUUUCAAAUCCCUAUUUGGAAACUUCUUCAAACAAGAUUUAUGGAGAAAGUUCCUCUUGUGCUGGGAGAGCUCUCAGAAAUAUUUUCACUCUACAAGCAUCUGACCUGAUUAAAGACAGGGUGUACCUAACUGGCAUUUGCAGGAGAAGCUGUGUUGGAUCAGAACUGGUAGACUGGCUUUUGGAGCAGUGCCCUUUUGUUAAGUGCAGGUCUACAGCAGCUGGAGUGUGGCAGCUCCUCCUGGAUAUGGGCAUUAUCUUAUCAGUGGACAGACAACUCUAUUUUCAAGACACUCAUGCUUUCUAUCAGUUCUCAGCGGAUGAAUGUACCUACCUUUUCUGUGAAUUUGAGAAAGAGGAAGAAUGGAAGAAUGGAGUAAAGCUCCUACUUCAACUGCUGCCAUUGUCUCCUCCCAGGAUUGACAUGUGUACUCUGCCUGAUCAAAAAAUAGAAGAUACGGCAGAAACUGAUGCUGAAAUUCUUGCUCGUCUCACUUCUGCGGUACAGAGAGAACUGGCUGCUGUCAUUGCCUUGAAAGCAAGGAAGUCAGCAAUUCAUCAAAAUGAAGAAAAUAGCAGACAAGAAACAAGAGGACUAGAAGAGCUCAAGGAUACCUCUGAUGCUCAGGCAGGAGUUUUGUGCAAGCUUCAGGGAAGAGAUGACAUCGGACGGAUCGAGCUGGUCCAGAAGCUGGCGAGAGAGAACUGCCAGUUUUUGCAGGCGGAUAGAAAGCCAUCGGAGAAGGCAGAACAAGCGGCCGAUGGAGGCGGCGGCGAGCGGUGGCGGGAGGAGGCCGGCGCAGCGCUGGUGCUGCGGAAGGUGUGGUCACGCAGCCCGGCCCCCGAGCGGCGCGGGAGAUACGUGGUGGUGUCGGGGACGCCGGAGAAGAUUUUGGAGCAUCUCCUCAGCGACCUGCACCUGGAGACCGCCCAGGACAAAGAGACGGAAACUCUACUGGAUGACUUCCUUCUCACGUACACAGUCUUCAUGACGACUGAUGACUUGUGCCAGGCACUUCUGAGGCACUAUUGUGCUAAGAACCACCAAGGGAAAGAAGACGACUCUGAUGUGUCCUGUAGGAAGCGAAAAGUUUUGCAUUUGGUGUCUCAGUGGACUUCUCUCUACAAAGACUGGUUACAUGAAGAUGAGCAUUUAAAGCAAUUUUUAAAGACAAUAUACAGGAAUGUAUUAGAUGAUGUGUAUGAAUAUCCCAUUCUUGAGAAGGAACUGAAAGAAUUUCAGAAGAUACUUGGGAUGCAUCGUCGCCACACUGUAGAUGAGUAUUCACCACACAGAAAGUUCAGUCUAAAGGAGAACUGGCUGCAGCACAGAGGAUCCGUGAAUGAAACAGAAGAAAUGUUCUGCCGUGUGUAUAUAACAGAGCACUCCUACGUCAGUGUGAAAGCUCAAGUAUCUACUUCAGCUCAGGAGAUACUGAAGAUUGUAGCAGAAAAGAUCCAGUAUCCAGAGGAGGAGUUGGCGCUGGUGACAGUCACGUUCUCUGGCGAAAAACAUGUACUACAACCAAAUGACUUGGCUAUCUCAAAAUCUUUUGAGUCAUCCAGUCGUAUGUUUGUCUACCGUAAAGAUCUGACUGAUUCUUUGAAUCCAUUUGGUGAAAAUGAGGAAUUGCAGCAAAGAUCUGUGAGAAUUUUGGGAAUCAACACCUGGGAUCUUGCUUUGGAACUAACAAACUUUGACUGGAGCCUCUUCAAUGCAAUUCAUGAGCAAGAGCUGAUAUACUUCACGUUCAGCAGACAAGGCAGUGCUGAAAACACUGAGAAUCUCAGUCUUCUUCUUCAAAGGUGCAAUGAGGUCCAGCUUUGGGUUGCCACUGAGAUCCUCCUCUGCAGCCAGCUCUGCAAACGUGUACAGCUGGUCAAGAAGUUCAUCAAGAUUGCUGCCCACUGUAAAGCCCAAAGAAAUCUGAAUUCAUUCUUUGCUAUUGUUAUGGGUCUCAACACUGCAUCUGUCAGCCGGCUGUCUCAGACCUGGGAGAAAAUUCCUGGGAAGUUCAAGAAACUUUUUACUGAACUUGAAAGCCUGACGGACCCUUCUCUGAAUCACAAAGCCUACAGAGAUGCAUUCAAGAAAAUGAAAUCUCCAAAAAUCCCUUUCAUGCCCUUACUUCUGAAAGACGUAACAUUCAUCCAUGAAGGAAAUAAAACUUUUCUGGAUAACCUGGUUAACUUUGAAAAGCUGCACAUGAUAGCAGAUACUGUUCGAUCAUUGAGACAUUGCAGAAAUAACCAGUUUGGCAAUGAAGUUCCUUCAAAAGAUCAUCACGAGCUGAAGCCAUACGUCCAUCACCUGCAUGUCAUUGACAACCAGCAAGCUCUGUUUGAGCUUUCUCACAGGAUAGAGCCGCGAGUGUGAGCGUACACAGCUUCGUAUAACCUUGUAACUGCAGCACUUUGAAUUAAGUGAAUGUUUAUGCCAAGCAUGUUGCUUCCCUAAAUGAGAACAGUUUACUGAGUUUUAUCAGUAGCUCACACAACAUGCACAGGAAAAUCAGGCAAGAGCCAGCAAAGGAGCUGCUCACAGAAUUGCAAGGCAAGAUUGAUGCCAUCCCUGCUGGUCACCAGGACAGGAGGGAGCAGAGCAGCAUCCUUUGAGCUCAGGAGCUUGAUUUCUGUGAAAGUAUUGUUUGGUCCAGUGUAGCUUUCAAUGCAGAUUCUGCCAGUAUUAGAAUGAAAGGAGACGUCUUGUCACAGCAGCAAAACAUUUCAGCAAGCAACAUGCCGCAAGGAUUCUCAGUUCACCACAGUAUGUACCUCACUAAUUCAAGGCUGCCAAAGUAUUGUUGCCAAAAAUACUGUGCAAUCUGUGCAGCUCCCCUGAGUCAACUGGAGCAUCUUAUUUAAGAUAAGAGCAGACAACCAGGAAUGGGAACAUAAAAAGACAGACAGUGCCUCAGAUGAAACUCAAGGGCGUGUAGUGAUGUGGAGGUCAGCAGUAAACAGUUCACACUGUUACAGCUCCUUUGGAACUUGCUUUAUAAAAGACAGUGUAAGAGGCAGCCCACUUUUGUAACAAUCUAUGGACACAAUUGUUUGUACACUGAAAACAUAUUAUUUUCUUCCUUUUCAGUUUUCUCAGAUUUGGCACCAGCUCUUGCAGUUAGCGUGCUAUAAAUUAUUAUUAUAGCAGGAGCUUUGUUUUCUUCGUGGAUUACAUUCUCCAUGGUGUCUGUUCAGAGGCAAUGCCUAGGUCAACUUACAUACCUAACUCAAUUCCUGGAAUUUUUUUUUCAGCAGGUAAAACUUCACCCAACUUGCACACACCUCUGGUUUUUAAGGAAAAAGAGGGCACACCUUACAGGGUACCAGUGUAAUUACCUGCAUACACACCAGCCCCUCAGCAUCAGGGUCCCAUUACUGCUUCUGUCCCUCUCACACCCCUCUCCACACCAAUUCUCAUGUACUUAGAAGUCCUACUUCUGGGUUUAUAGAGAGACAACAUUUCUAAAGUCUUAUCUACAGCUGACCUACAUUGAAGCACCACCAUCACCACACCUCUGUUUUCCAGCACUAAGAAUUUGCCCCAAAAUAAUGCAGUGAAUUCCACAGGUGCUGUGCAGUGUGUGCUACACAGCCUGGCACAUGUUUGUACACUCAGUGAUGGGAACUGUCCCUUUGCAGAGCAGGGAGGACAUUGCAUUGCAUUCCCAUCUUUGUUGUAUGUUUUCCACAUGAGGAAAAACACUUCCAAGAAGAUGCUCCCUUGUUGAAAUGUGGGAAUACGGAAGCAGCAUGCUCUUCAUCAUUGUGUUAUCUCUGGUUUAAAGCAGCUUUAAUAAGUAGUCUGUGGGGGAAUCUGUAGAAUGCUUUCGGUUUUCCCAUCUGUGAAAUAUUGUAUAGAUCUAUUGUAAAGGAAACAGAUGUUUCAGAAAUGUAUUUGCUUGUACUUUGUUAUUAUCAAAUACUAUAUGAUUUUUUUUUUUUAGAAAAAAAAUCCUCUUUUUACCCAGUAAAAAGAAAAAAAAUAAACUCUUGCUGGCCAUGGAGUAAAAUUUCCUAUGUUUUUCUGUAGAUGUGACUGCACAUAUUGUAAAUAACUCUUUUUUGUGCAAACAGACCAAAACUGUUCAGAUGAGAAUUUUCUGGCUGUGUUGGGCUCCUUUUUGCAGUAUAAGAACACAAACUAGAUACAAUUUGCUGCUUGUGUUAUUGCAGUUCUUCCUCUGGCUACAGCACCCUCCAAAUCCCCACCCUAGGUGCAUUACCUUGGUGGUUUGCUGGUUUUUCAGCUCCCCCUUGUGAAAUCUUUUUAUCGUGGCAUUAUUUUUAUCACCCUAUAUGCAGACCAGCCUGAAUGCUUUAUUGCAUGUGCUGUAUCACUCUAGUCCACAGGUUGUUCUCUUAAAAUCUAUGGGAGAGGGACCAUGAGAAAGCAGUGAGGGUGACAGAGUGGGCCUGUUUCUUAGUUCACUGUGUCUGUCUCUGUUGUGGGUGUUACCACUGAUGAAGCAGCAGCAGUGCCAGGGAAGAAUAAAAGGCGAGAUCAGAGGAGGAGGAAGAAAAGAAAGAAAAAAGAAAACAGAAGGCAAAAGAUGAGUCUCAACUCAGGCUGCGAUUUGAAAGCAUGCCAGAGCCACCUUGAAGGCUCCUCAAUUUGCCAGUUCAAACCAGUUGCAGUAGAUGGAUGGAUUUGACAUCUUACCAUUAGGAUUCAAGCCAGCUGAGGUAUUGGCUGUCUCCACUGCUGUAACUUUAUCCUCAAUCAAGAGAUUUCUGCCCCUUGCAGCUGGCAUAAGCAGCCAGCAUUAACCUCUUUAACUGUACUGUGGCUAAUCAAACUACUGUUAAAACUUUACAAGCUCAUUUUCACAGUGACCUGUAUAAUUAGGAUGUAACUUUCUGGUCUGAGGGGCCACUUUGGAUGCAUCAAUUUCACAUUGAAAAUAGAGAUUGUGUAACUUUAAAAAAAAGGCAAAUAGUACAAAUCUGCAGCUAAAAUGCCUAAUAAAAAAGGCUUGCCAGAGUUUUUUCAGCAGGUAAAGCAUUGCAGAACUGGGCUACAAACUGUCAAGCGGUUUGAAGGUGUAGUGGUUGGGAGGAGAACAUAGGGAAUAAACCCUAUGAAAGAGAGGGGAACACUGCAGAGCCUCUACCAGGGUCCAGCAGCGGUGAUAUUUUGUGAUUUUAAAAUCUUUCAACAGAGCAAUUUUGUUGCAGAGGAUAAAAUCCAUUAAUUUUAUAGGUUCAUGUUUUUCACAGUCACACCUGGGGUUAAAUACUCUGGAUAUUUUCCUUAGUAGCUAGGAGGAGUAAUUAGGCAGAACAAAGAAAAAAGCUGGGUCACUUUAUUCUUCUUUAAUGUGGGGUUUUGUUGUAUGUAGAUGCUUCUAUGACACAUCUUUUUGAUUCUAGCCCAAUUUCAGAUAGAAAUAAAUUGCAUUUGCAUGACAGUGGCAAAAAAAAAAAAAAAAGUUAUCAGAAAUAGUGAGCUGCUGUAAAAUUACAAAGAAAGGUGUAAAUACUAAGCAUUUUAGCAGAUAAAUAUUUAUUUGCAUAGCCUAUUUAUUUUCAUCUUACACUAUUAAGAUAUACUAGGAUGAAGUCAAUGAGCUGAGGUAAGAACACCUGCCUGUUCCAUUCUCUCUGAGUGCCAUAAUGCUGUCAGCUUGCAUUAAAAGUAAUAAAAUAGAAAACCCCAAAUCAAGGUAUUUACCUAACUUCUCAGGGACUACAGCUUGCAGUUAUCCACCUUUAUGAGACCUGGUAUGUAUGAAAUAAUCUGAUUUACCAGAAUCAACGUUGCCAAUGUUUUCCUUUUCAUAUUUUAUGCUUGUCUGCCUCUGUACAUAUUAUUGUGUUGUGUAUUUAUGAGAGCUAGUAAGCAAUAAUUUAUAUGUCUAAAUGGCCAAGCAAUACAAGGUUAAAACUUGUAGAAGCAACUGUUAAACAUUUAUCUUGCAUUUUCCAGUGUUUUUUAAUAUUGCUUUUCAAAAUAUAAAAACUACCUUAAUGAA